AGCUGGCAGCCGGGCGCUCAGGGGGCCGCGUCGUCGUCGGCGGCGGCUCGCGCGUCGCUCCGAGCACCAUGGCGCCGGCUGGGCACACGGUGCGGCUGCUCCUGCGCUCCGCGCUGCUGUGCUUCUCGCUCCUCGGCGCCGGCCCGGCCUCGGCGGCCAAGGCGGUGACGGCCCGCUUGGCUGCCAAGUGGCCCGAGACCCCGCUGCUGCUGGAGGCGAGUGAAUUUAUGGCAGAAGAAAGUAAUGAAAAAUUUUGGCAGUUUUUGGAAACUGUAAAAGAAUUAGCAAUUUAUAAGAACGCAGAAUCAGAUUAUUCUUACUACAACUUAAUCCUGAAGAAAGCAGGACAGUUUUUAGAUGAUAUACACAUCAAUCUUUUAAAGUUUGCUUUUUCUAUAAGGGCAUACUCUCCAGCUGUUCAUAUGUUUCAACAGCUUGCAGCUGAUGAGCCACCACCAGAUGGUUGUAAUGCGUUUGUGGUUAUCCAUGAGAAGCACACCUGUAAAAUUAAUGAAAUUAAAAAGCUACUGAAGAAGGCUAAUUCAAGGCCCAGACCUUACUUGUUUAAAGGAGAUCAUAAAUAUCCUACAAACAAAGAAAACUUACCAGUGAUUAUUCUUUAUGCAGAAAUAGGUACCAGAGCAUUUGCUGAAUUUCACAAAGCAUUGUCAAAAAAAGCUCAAAAUGCUGAAAUUUUGUAUGUUCUUCGCCAUUAUAUCCAGAAACCAAGUUCACGGAAAAUGUACUUAUCUGGCUAUGGUGUGGAACUAGCAAUUAAGAAUACAGAAUACAAAGCAUUGGAUGAUACCCAAGUGAAAGCUGUGACUAAUACUACCGUAGAAGAUGAGACUGGAGCAGAUGAAGUUCAGGGAUUUCUCUUUGGCAAACUAAAAGAAAUACACUCAGACCUUAAAGAUAAUCUAACAGCAUUCCAAAAAUACCUGAUUGAGAGUAAUAAAGAAAUGAUGCCUUUGAAAAUCUGGGAGCUACAAGAUCUUAGUUUUCAAGCAGCUUCUCAAAUAAUGUCCACUCCAGUUUAUGAUGCCAUAAAAUUAAUGAAAGACAUUUCACAGAACUUCCCCAUAAAGGCCAGGUCUCUGACCAGAGUUCCUGUAAGUCAGCAGAUGAGGGAAGAAAUAAAGCAGAAUCAAAAGGAUCUGCAAGAAAGAUUUGAAAUUCAGCCAGGUGAUUCUCGCCUAUUUAUAAAUGGCCUCCGUGUUGAUAAGGAUAUUUAUGACCCUUUUAGUAUUCUGGAUUUUCUGAAAUCAGAUGGAAAAAUGAUGAAUGGCCUGCGUAAUCUUGGGAUUGAUGGGGAAAAUAUGAGCAAGUUUUUAAAAUUAAGUUCCCAUGAUUUGGAUAAUAGCUAUGUAUUAGACAUUCGACAUUCUUCUAUAGUGUGGAUUAACGACUUGGAAAAUGAUGGUUUAUAUGUUUCGUGGCCUACAAGUUGCCAGGAAUAUCUGAAGCCACAAUUUCCUGGAAGUGUGCCUUCCAUAAGGCGUAAUUUUCAUAAUUUAGUUCUGUUUAUUGAUCCUACUCAAAGAUAUACAUCGGAUUUUAUAAAAGUUGCUGAACUUUUCUACUUUCAUGAAUUGCCUCUCAGGAUUGGUUUUGUGUUCAUUCUUAAUACAGAUGAUAAAGUCGAUGGAAACAGUGAUGCAGGCGUUGCUCUUUGGAGAGCUUUUAACUACAUUGCAGAAGAACGUGAUGUGUCAGAAGCAUUUGAUUCUAUUGUAGAUAUGUACCAGAAUGUCAAGGAUAAAAACAUACUCACUGUGGACAAUGUAAAAAAUGUUCUUCAGAGUAAGUUUCCUCAUGCUGAAGUUGGAGAUAUUUUGGGAAGUUAUUCACAGUAUGAUAAAGAGCGAAAGGCAGGAGCAAGCUUUUACAGAAUUUCUGGCCUGGGCCCUUUACCUCAAGCUCUUUAUAAUGGGCAACCCUUUAACCAUAAAGAGAUGAAUAGAAAAGAAAUGCAAUUGGCUAUUAUCCACAAAAUGAUGACUACAUCAAUAGAUUUACAAAAAGCUAUUCUUACGGGCACCUUACAUGAUAGACAGAAUGCAAUUGAUUUCUUAAUGGAUAAGGAUAAUGUUGUACCUCGUAUAAACUCUUCAAUUUUGAACAUCCAGCAGCAGUAUCUCAAUUUAAUCCCGUCAACAGUAACUGCUGAUAUUGAAGAUGUCUCUACUUUCUCUUUCUUGGAUUCACACGAUAAGAGUGCUGUAAUUGCAAAGAACAUGUUUUAUGUAACCCAAGAAGAUGAUGUGAUUUCUUCAGUCACUCUCUGGGUUAUUGCUGAUUUUGAUACACCAUCUGGGAGAAAACUGCUUUCUACUGCACUAAAACACAUGAAAACAAGUGUUCACAGUCGCCUAGGGGUGAUUUAUAACCCUUCAUCAAAAAUAAAUGAAGACAACACAGCUAUUUGUAGAGGAAUUUUGGUCGCUUUUCUGACGCAGAAAAGUAACUCUUUGAGAAACUUUCUUGGGAAGCUGGCAAAAGAAGAAACUGCUACAGCUAUUUACUCUGGACAUAAAAUUAAAACAUUCCUGUCUGAGGGAAUGGAUAAGAAUGCAUUUGAGAAGAAAUACAACACCAUUGGAAUGAAUAUUUUCCGAACUCAUCAGUUGUUCUGUCAAGAUGUACUUAACUUGCGUCCUGGGGAAACAGGUGUUGUCAGCAAUGGGAGAUUUUUAGGGCCUUUAGAUAAAGAUCUAUAUGUAGAAGAUUUUUACUUGCUGGAAAAAAUGACAUUUAGUCAUUUAGCAGAGAAAAUUAAAGGCAUUGCUGAAACUAUGGAAAGCAAUUCAAAGAACGUAAGUGAGCUUGUUAUGAAGAUUGAUUCCCUUGUUUCCUCUUUGCCCAACUUUGGAACUAGAUAUGACAUCACAUUUCUUAAAGAAGAUCACAGCGUUGUAAAGAUAAAUCCUCAAGAGAGUGAUAUGUUCUUUGAUGUCACUGCUGUUGUGGAUCCGCUGACAAGAGAAGCACAGAGGAUGGCACAGAUAUUGAUUGUACUUGGCAAGAUUAUCAACAUGAAGACAAAGCUGUUUAUGAACUGUCGGGGUAAGCUGUCAGAAGCCCCUUUAGAAAGCUUUUACCGUUUUGUUCUGGAGCCAGAAGUGAUGUCAGGGCCUAGUGAUAGUCCUUCUCUUGGACCUGUGGCAAAAUUUGGGGAUAUCCCAGAGUCACCUCUUUUAACCCUCAACAUGAUUACUCCAGAAGGCUGGUUGGUGGAAAUAGUGCAAAGCAACUGUGACCUUGAUAAUAUUCACUUAAAAGAUAUUGAGAGAGCUGUUACAGCAGAAUACGAACUCGAGUAUCUGCUGCUUGAAGGACAUUGCUUUGAUUCAGUGACAGAACAGCCACCUCGGGGUCUGCAGUUUACACUAGGCACAAAAAAUCAGCCUGUUGUAGUGGAUACGGUAGUGAUGGCGAAUCUCGGAUAUUUUCAGUUAAAAGCAAACCCAGGUGCAUGGAUACUGAAAUUACGGGACGGAAAAUCUGAAGAUAUUUAUCAAAUAGUUGGGCAUAAAGGUACUGACUCUCAGCCAGACUUGGGCAAUGUCACUGUUGUAAUGAACAGCUUCAAAAGCAAGGUCCUCGAAGUCCAGGUGCGAAAAAAACAAGACAAAAUUAAGGAAGAUAUCCUUUCUGACAAAGAAGAGAAGAAAAAAGGAAUGUGGGAUUCCAUUAAAAGUUUCACAAGAAGGUUACAUAAAGAAGAUGACAAAAACAAAGAUGUUCUAAACAUUUUUUCAGUUGCUUCUGGCCAUCUAUAUGAGCGCUUUUUAAGAAUUAUGAUGCUCUCUGUUUUGCGUAACACCAAAACACCAGUGAAAUUCUGGUUUCUAAAAAAUUAUCUCUCACCAACAUUUAAAGAGGUGAUUCCUCACAUGGCUAAGAAGUACGGAUUCCAGUAUGAACUGGUCCAGUACAGGUGGCCUCGUUGGCUUCAUCAACAGACUGAAAAGCAAAGAAUUAUCUGGGGUUAUAAGAUUCUCUUCCUUGAUGUCCUUUUUCCACUGGCAGUUGACAAAAUCAUUUUUGUUGAUGCUGACCAGAUUGUGAGACACGAUCUGAAGGAACUCCGAGAUUUCAAUCUGGACGGGGCUCCGUACGGAUACGCUCCUUUCUGUGACAGCCGCACCAGCAUGGAUGGGUAUCGUUUCUGGAAGACAGGAUACUGGGCAGCACAUCUUUUACGACGAAAAUACCAUAUCAGUGCCUUGUAUGUAGUGGAUCUGAAGAAGUUCAGGAGGAUUGCAGCAGGUGACAGGCUCAGGGGCCAGUACCAACAUCUCAGUCAAGAUCCAAACAGUCUCUCAAACCUAGAUCAGGACCUUCCCAAUAAUAUGAUUUACCAAGUUGCCAUUAAAUCUCUUCCUCAAGAUUGGCUCUGGUGUGAAACUUGGUGUGAUGAUGAAUCCAAACAAAGAGCCAAAACAAUUGAUCUGUGCAAUAAUCCCAAAACAAAGGAACCCAAACUAAAAGCUGCAGCCAGAAUUAUCCCAGAAUGGGUGGAAUAUGAUAAUGAGAUACGGCAACUGUUAGAUCAGCUUGAAAAGAAGGAGGAAAAUGCAAUUUUGGGUCACGACGAACUCUAGCAGUGGUUUUAUAAGACGAUGAAUAU